AUGGAUGAUGUGAAGAUCGCUUUUGUAGCAACAGAAUGCACCCACACCAUCACACCCUCUACUGAAAAAGAUGCUUCCCCAGCAACUGAAAAAGAAAAGGCUGAAGCCCUUCUAUAUUUGAAGGAACAUAUUGACCCUAAUCUCCUUUGGGGAUACCAACACACAAUGUGUCCUAAAGAACUGUGGGAUGCACUAGCAAGCCGUUUUGGGAGCAUUGAGGAUUGCCUUAUCCCACAGUUGAACGAACAAUGGAAUGACAUCCGGUUUCUUGAUUAUGUGAAGGUAGGUGAUUUCCAAAGAGAUAUGCUUAAGCUACAAGCACACCUCAAUUUCUGUAGGAUAAAACUUCCAGAUAAAGAUAUGAUUCAAAAGACAUUGUCUACUUUCCCUUUGUCAUCGGUUAUUCUAGCCAACCAAUACCGCAUAGAAGUUGAUAACAAGAGAAUAACAAAUUUUAGUAAGUUGAUCAACUUAUUGCGGGUAGCCGAAAGGCACAAUGAAGUUCUAGCAAACAACAAUGCUAGAGCCCCCGGGAAGAAGAAAAUUCCCGAGGCUAACUAUGGCAAGGAUAACAAAGGAAAACACCACAAAGAAAGGAGGGUUAAAAAUGAUUCAUAUUCUCAUGCUCCAUACUCACGUGGGGAUAAUAACCCACGUGGAAGAGGAAAAAAGGGUCAUCGUGGUAGGGGGCAUUGGCGUGGAGGCCAUUCAAUACCUGGUCUAGAGAUGCUACUUCUGGAGCUAGUGGUAGGGGAAACACUGUUGAAAAAACACAUAAGAAUCCCACACCUAAGAAGGUAG